AUGGAGCUUCACUCUUGUGCUCCUCUGGUCAAUUCUUCUGCACUGUGCGUUAUAGAGGAAGGGACGAGAGGAGAGAGUGUCAAUGUUGUCGUUGAUGAGAUUUCGGCCGAACUCGAGAGGGAGCGAAAGAAGAAUGCAGAGCUCAUGGAGAGGAUACUAUUUCUUGAAGCUCAAUUACAAGAACGAGAGGCUAAGCAGCCUCCUCAUCCAGCAGAUAGGACAAGUAAGACCUUUACUUUUUUGGGAAGUUCUUUGAAUGCAAUGAUAAGAAGCUUCAAGAAGUUCAAGCGACAGAAGACAGAACUAGAUAGCAAUGGAAUCGAAGAUGGAAAUGUUAUCCCAACCGAAAUGGCUUCGAAGAAGAAGCAUCACACGCAAUGCUUGGCUCUUGACCGUCUAGUUAACUGGAUGAGCAUGGAGGAAACUCAGUUUUUGCAUCUAGAAAAAGGAGAUGGCGGCGAUUCAGCUGACUGCAAUGACUCUGAUGAUAGCGAUGAUGAAGAUGAUGAUUACCGUGAAGAGGAUUGUGUAAAUAAUGACUGUAAAGAAGGGGAAGUGGCUGAUAAUGUUUCGAGAAUUUGUAGUGAGCUGAAAUGUGAAGUUGUUGAUAAGGGAUUGGACGCGCAAUGUGAAAACGUUUUCGCAGGUGGGAUCGAGCCAGUGAUUUCAAAUGCAAACCAAAAAACGAAUGAACCACCUGAUACAGGACCAGUUUGUGAUGAGAUGCAACUUCGAACCCAAAACAAGAAAGAACCUAGUGAUUUUGGAAGUUGCAAGGUGCCAUCUGAUACCCUCAAUUUCAAGGAGUUUAUUCGUGCAGGAUCUGCAAGCACAUCGCAACAGAAAAAACCUCCGAAGGUGGCAUUCUGCCCGAAAGAAGUGAAGAGAAUAAUUGAUUCAGAAGCCCUGCUGCAGAAAAAUGCUCAAUCCCAUACAAUAAGAAAGAUCAUAGUUUUUGCAUCAAUUGGAAUAAGGCAUGGUUGCGAAGAUAUCUACGAAUUAGACUUCAAUCAUUUUAGCAUUUUAAGGAAGGGAGAGCCAUACAUGUCUACGAAAGAUCCCGGGGAGCAUGUUCUGUAUGAGAAUCCUGGUGUUCGGAGGAAGGUAUUUUACCCGAAUCAACAGAAUCCGACAUUAUGUCCUGUUAAAAUACUCGAAGAAGAGAAGGCCAUGCGACCAUCGGAUUCUAGCUGCCCAUCAUGGCUAUUUCUCUGCAUAAAGUAUGGCGGAAGAACACGAAAUCUUCCCCAAAAUGAAUAUGUAAGGCAGCGUAUGGGAAGAAAGAAGCUGAAGUCUUUUGGGCCACUAAUGUGUCGAAUGGCAAUGCUAGUUCAUGUUCGCGGUGGGAACUUCUUCUUCAAGGCCUUGGGCAUCACUCUUCUUUUCAUGGCUGGUUUUCCUGAUGAUCUUGUUCAACGAGAAACUAAAUACCAGAACUUAGACUUGCUUCAGAAAUAUUAUAGGACGGAUGAGGAUGCUGAAGGGGAGGAAUUAUUUCUUCCACAUCCUAUGACUAGUGAUACUGCCGGUCCAAGUUCUCAUCAGUUCAGUGGAAAAUCUUGUUCAACAAAAACAAAGGUGAAAAAACAACCUCACUCGAAUAGCAAGCCUCGCAAUAUGCAGAUAUCUCCAUUAACACGGACUACACUUUUGAGCUCUGCACCUUCUACACAAUUUGGACUGGUAGGUCAUCAGAUUUCUAUUCUUCACACUCAAGCAAUGGCAACAUUAUUGUCUCAUACGCCAUUAGAUGCUCAACCAAUCUCAAACGCUGCAAUUGCGAAUGCUGGUACGAAUAUCUCCUGCUCUAGUCUAACACCAUGUCAAAUUUUUCCCCCACAACCAGCUAACACCUUUGUGCCUAUGGUAUAUUGGCCUCCCCCAAACACAUUUUCUCCCGGACCCUAUCCAUCUACAUAUGGCUACCGGUCUUUCCCUUCUACUGGAAACUACUUCAUUCAUCCACAGCCCUAUUUCAACCAUCCACCUUGCGGUCCUUUGAACCCCAAAAUCGUGGAAGCAGCAGGAAAAAAUGGCAUGGCCUCGGAGGAAGCUGAUAGUGGCUACGAUUGCAGUUCAAGCAGUAUUGAAACAAAGAAGAAUUAG